GCCAAUCAUAUUUUCGAGUCCCCAAGGCUGUGCCUUCCGCAGUCUCGCCGCCUUACGAAAUGGCGGCUUCCAGGGGGUGGCGGUUGCUCUGGCACGGCCGGUGCUGGCUUUCGCAGACGGAAUCCUCCGCGGCCCCGGUGCCCCCGGACUCGCUCUACCCGCCCAUCGUGGCCUCCGCCACAGCGAAGAGCAAAGCGGCCAAGCGGCGGCGCCUGGAGCAUUUCCACCAGCGGGUGCAUGAUGCGGCCUCGAUCGAGGAGAAGCUGCGGCUCUACGGGCUGCUUCAGCGGCCCAAGUACAUGGUUUACCCGCAGACCUUCGCCAUCAACGCCGACCGCUGGUACCAGAGCUUCACCAAGACCGUCUUCGUGCCGGGGCUGCCCCUGAGGGCGGCGCCGGAGCCCGCGAGUGUCCCGGAGCCAGGGGCGGCGGCGGCGCCGGAGCCCGCGGCGGGAGCGACCGGGAGAGCCUCGGAGCCAGGAGCGGCGGCGCCGGAGCCCGCGGCGGGAGCGACCGCGGGAGCUCUGAAGCCAGAGGCGGCGGUGGCCGCGGCAGAAGCGGUACCGGCCGCGGAUCUGGAUCUGGGCGAGCUGCGCUCCCUCGCCUGCGACGCCCUCUUGCAGGAGAGCUUCUACCAGAACAAGAAGCGGCCGUUCCUCUACCGCGAUCAGGACCACACGCCCGGCCCGUUCCUCACGCAACUGGUGUCCUCACUUGCUGCCUUCCUGUGUGGUCGCAACCCGCUGCUGGCUGCCUCCUCCCUUGACUUAAAUCCUGAGGUUAACUAUUACUGGCAUCAUGGUGAGGAAGUUGUUGUUCAUGGAUAUCGAAAAGGUAGAGUUGAUCCUGUGCGAUUUCAGAUAGAUGACCACCCACGCCUCCAGAUCCGUGUACCAAAGCAACUCCCAGAGGUUGUACCACUCGAGUCAGAUCUUGGAGAUGUUCCUGUUAUUGAUCACAAACCAUCCAAACUGCCAUUAUUCAAAAAGCAAUAUGAAAACAAGGUAUUUAUAGGAUCAAAGGUGGCAGAUCCAUGCUGUUAUGGGCACACUCAAUUUCAUCUUAUUCCUGAUAAACUAAAAAGGCAGAGGUUCUUAAAAGUGAAUCUUGAAGAUCAGAUUGAAGUUACUUACCGAGCUAAUGGUAUUGCAAGUCUCUUUGCCUGGACAGCAGCACAAGCAAUGUAUCAAGGAUUCUGGAAUGAAGCAGAUGUGACCCGUCCUUUUGUAUCACAGGCAGUAGUGACUGAUGGAAAGUACUUCGCUUUCUUUUGUUACCAGCUAAAUACUUUAGCAUUAACUGUAGAAACUAUUCAGAAUAACCCUCGGAAGAAUAUCUGUUGGGGUACAGAGAGUAAGCCAUUAUAUGAUGUUGUGGAAGAUGGUAAUGUAAAAGGCUUUAAUGAUGAAAUUCUGCUUCAGUUGGUUCAAUUUCUGUUGAACAGACCAAAAGAGUUGUAAGUCAUAAAACAUUAAGAUAUUCCUGUUAACAUGCCCAAACUUCAUUGUAACUCCAUGAAGUAUGGCUUAGAAUGCGCCUUGUUCUUAGUCAAAUAUUUAUUUAGCCAACACUAUUCAUAUUUUAUAAUCUUUGGGCCUUAUUUCUUAACAUUAAAUAUAUGAUACUGUACACUGAAAAAUAAACAUCUGGAAUACUUUAA